ACCAGAAGUAGCAGCACCAGACGUUGAUGUGAAAGUUAAUAGAAGGAAGUUUUCAUUCCCUAAAUUUGGAUUUUCAAAGCCAGACAUGAAAGCCCCUGAAGUGGAUGUCAGUCUUCCAGAGGUGGACGUUUCUUUACCGGAGGUUAAGAUGGUAACCAAAGAGACAGAAAUCAAAAUUGAAGCACCCGAAAGUGAAGCUGAAGUCAAAGGUUCCUCAACAAAAUUCAAAUUGCCAACAAUGAAGCUCCCUAAAUUUGGUCUGGAAUCUCCACAUGUCAAUGUAGAAGUCCCCGAUGUAAAGAAGGAAGUGGAAAUUGGUGUUGUUGAUGUUCCGGAUUCAAAGCUAUCAAUGUCAGUGGAAGGACCUGUUGUUGAUAUAGAAGUUACAUCUAUAGAUGUUGAUGUGAAGAGCAAAGGCGUUGAACUUGAGGGACAAGGAAACAAGUUUAAGAUGCCAAAGUUUGGAAUCUCACUGCCAAAAGUCAAAGGUCCUGAAAUGGACUUCAGUUUGUCAAAAACAGACAAGGACGUGACUUUACCAGAAGCCAAAGCAGAGAUCCAACUACCUGAUGUUGAAGUCAAAGGUUCCCCAACAAAAUUCAAACUGCCAACAGUGAAACUCCCUAAAUUUGGACUGGAUGCUCCACAUGUCAAUGUAAAAGUCCCCGAUGUGAAGAAGGAAGAAGAAAUUGUUGUGGUCGAUGUUCCAGAGUCAAAGCUAUCAAUGUCAGUGGAAGGACCUGUUGUUGAUAUAGAAGUUCCAUCUAUAGAUGUUGAUGUGAAGAGCAAAGGCGUUGAACUUGAGGGACAGGGAAGCAAGUUUAAGAUGCCAAAGUUUGGAAUCUCACUGCCAAAAGUCAAAGGUCCUGAAAUGGACUUCAGUUUGUCAAAAACAGACAAGGACGUGACUUUACCAGAAGCCAAAGCAGAGAUCCAACUACCUGAUGUUGAAGUCAAAGGUUCCCCAACUAAAUUCAAACUACCAACAGUGAAACUCCCUAAAUUUGGACUGGAUGCUCCACAUGUCAAUGUAGAAGUCCCCGAUGUAAAGAAGGACAUAGAAAUUGGUGUGGUUGAUGUUCCAGAUUCAAAGCUAUCAAUGUCAGUGGAGGGACCUGGUGUGGAUAUAAAAGUUCCAUCUAUAGAUGUUGAUGUUAAGAGCAAAGGCGUUGAACUUGAGGGACAAGGAAACAAGUUUAAGAUGCCAAAGUUUGGAAUCUCACUGCCAAAAGUCAAAAGUCCUGAAAUGGACUUCAGUUUGUCAAAAACAGACAAGGACAUGACAUUACCAGAAGCCAAAGCAGAGAUCCAACUACCUGAUGUUGAAGUCAUAGGUUCCCCAACUAAAUUCAAACUACCAACAGUGAAACUCCCUAAAUUUGGACUGGAUGCUCCACAUGUCAAUGUGGAAGUCCCCGAUGUAAAGAAGGAAGUAGAAAUUGGCGUGGUCGAUGUUCCGGAUUCAAAGCUAUCAAUGUCAGUGGAAAGACCUGUUGUUGAUAUAGAAGUUCCAUCUAUAGAUGUUGAUGUGAAAAGCAAAGGCGUUGAACUUGAGGGACAAGGAAACAAGUUUAAGAUGCCAAAGUUUGGAAUCUCACUGCCAAAAGUCAAAGGUCCUGAAAUGGAUUUCAGUUUGUCAAGAACAGAUAAGGACGUGACUUUACCAGAAGCCAAAGCAGAGAUCCAACUACCUGAUGUUGAAGUCAAAGAUAUUUCAGGAGAUGCCACAGUACCAGAAGUAGCAGCACCAGACGUUGAUGUGAAAGUUAAUAGAAGGAAGUUUUCAUUCCCUAAAUUUGGAUUUUCAAAGCCAGACAUGAAAGCCCCUGAAGUGGAUGUCAGUCUUCCAGAGGUGGACGUUUCUUUACCGGAGGUUAAGAUGGUAACCAAAGAGACAGAAAUCAAAAUUGAAGCACCCGAAAGUGAAGCUGAAGUCAAAGGUUCCUCAACAAAAUUCAAAUUGCCAACAAUGAAGCUCCCUAAAUUUGGUCUGGAAUCUCCACAUGUCAAUGUAGAAGUCCCCAUUGUAAAGAAGGAAGUGGAAAUUGGUGUUGUUGAUGUUCCAGAUGCAAAGCUAUCCAUUUCAGUGAAGGGACCUGGAGUGGAUAUAGAAACUCCAUCUAUAGAUGUUGAUGUGAAUAGCAAAGGGGUUGAACUUGAGGGACCAGGAAACAAGUUUAAGAUGCCAAAGUUUGGAAUCUCACUGCCAAAAGUCAAAGGUCCUGAAAUGGACUUCAGUUUGUCAAAAACAGACAUGGACGUGACAUUACCAGAAGCCAACGCAGAGAUCCAACUACCUGAUGUUGAAGUCAAAGGUUCCCCAACAAAAUUUAAACUACCAACAGUGAAACUCCCUACAUUUGGACUGGAUGAUCCACAUGUUACUGUGGCAGUACCUGAUGUGAAGAAGGAAGAAGAAAUUGUUGUGGUCGAUGUUCCAGAUUCAAAGCUAUCAAUGUCAGUGGAGAGACCUGUUGUUGAUAUAGAAGUUCCAUCUAUAGAUGUUGAUGUGAAGAGCAAAGGAUUUGAACUUGAGGGACAAGGAAACAAGUUUAAGAUGCCAAAGUUUGGAAUCUCACUGCCAAAAGUCAAAGGUCCUGAAAUGGACUUCAGUUUGUCAAAAACAGUUAAGGACGUGACUUUACCAGAAGCCAAAGCAGAGAUCCAACUACCUGAUGUUGAAGUGAAAGAUCUUGCAGGAGAUGCCACAGUACCAGAAGUAGCAGCACCAGACGUUGAUGUGAAAGUAAACAAAAGGAAGUUUUCAUUCAAUAAGUUUGGAUUUUCAAAGCCAGACAUUAAAGGCCCUGAAGUUGAUGUCAGUCUUCCAGAGGUGGACAUUUCUUCACCGGAGGUUAAGAUGGUAGCCAAAGAGACAGAAAUCAAAAAUGAAGCACCCGAAAGUGAAGCUAAAGUCAAAGGUUCCCCAACAAAAUUCAAAUUGCCAACAAUGAAGCUCCCUAAAUUUGGUCUGGAAUCUCCACAUGUCAAUGUAGAAGUCCCCAUUGUAAAGAAGGAAGUGGAAAUUGGUGUUGUUGAUGUUCCAGAUGCAAAGCUAUCCAUUUCAGUGAAGGGACCUGGAGUGGAUAUAGAAACUCCAUCUAUAGAUGUUGAUGUGAAUAGCAAAGGGGUUGAACUUGAGGGACCAGGAAACAAGUUUAAGAUGCCAAAGUUUGGAAUCUCACUGCCAAAAGUCAAAGGUCCUGAAAUGGACUUCAGUUUGUCAAAAACAGACAUGGAUGUGACAUUACCAGAAGCCAACGCAGAGAUCCAACUACCUGAUGUUGAAGUCAAAGGUUCCCCAACAAAAUUUAAACUACCAACAGUGAAACUCCCUACAUUUGGACUGGAUGAUCCACAUGUUACUGUGGCAGUACCUGAUGUAAAAAAGGAAGUAGAAAUUGACGUUGUUGACGUUCCAGAAGCAAAGCUAUCAAUGCCAGUGAAGGGACCUGGAGUUGAUAUAGAAGCUCCAUCUAUGGAUGUUGAUGUGAAGAGCAAGGGAGUUGAACUUGAUGGACAAGGGAGCAAGUUUAAGCUGCCAAAGUUCGGAAUCUCACUGCCAAAAGUCAAAGGUCCUGAAAUUGACGUAAAUCUGUCAAAAACAGGCAUUGAUGUUGAAUUACCAGAAGCCAAGGCAGAGGUCCAACUACCUGAUUUUAAAGUCAAAGAUAUUUCAGGAGAUGCCACAGUACUGGAAGUAGCAGCUCCAGACGUUGAUGUGAAAGUUAAUAGAAGGAUGUUUUCAUUCCCUAAGUUUGGAUUUUCAAAGCCAGACAUUAAAGGCCCUAAAGUUGAUGUCACUCUUCCAGAGGUGGACAUUUCUCUACCAGAGGUUAAGAUGGAAGUCACAGAGCCAGAACUCAAAAUUAAAGCACCAGAAGGUGAAAUUGAAGUGACAAGUUCCCCAACAAAAUUCAAACUACCAACAAUGAAGCUCCCUAAAUUUGGUCUGGAAUCUCCACAUGUCACUGUGGAAGUACCCGAUGUAAAGAAGGAAGUAGAAAUUGACGUUGUUGACGUUCCAGAAGCCAAGCUAUCAAUAUCAGUGAAGGGACCUGGAGUUGAUAUAGAAGCUCAAUCUAUAGAUGUUGAUGUGAAGAGCAAGGGAGUUGAACUUGAUGGACAAGGGAGCAAGUUUAAGAUGCCAAAGUUCGGAAUCUCACUGCCAAAAGUCAAAGGUCCUGAAAUUGACUUAGGUUUGUCAGAAACAGGCUCUGCGGUUGAAUUACCAGAAGCCAAGGCAGAGGUCCAACUACCUGAUUUUGAAGUCAAAGAUAUUUCAGGAGAUGCCACAGUACUGGAAGUAGCAGCUCCAGAUGUUGAUGUGAAAGUUAACAAAAGGAAGUUUUCUUUCCCUAAAUUUGGAUUUUCAAAGCCAGACAUUAAAGGCCCUGAAGUUGAUGUCACUCUUCCAGAGGUGGACAUUUCUCUACCAGAGGUUAAGAUGGAAGUCACAGAGACAGAACUCAAAAUUAAAGCACCAGAAGGUGAAAUUGAAGUGAAAAGUUCCCCAACAAAAUUCAAACUACCAACAAUAAAGCUCCCUAAAUUUGGUCUUGAAUCUCCACAUGUCACUGUGGCAGUACCUGAUGUAAAGAAGGAAGUAGAAAUUGGUGUGGUUGACGUUCCAGAAGCAAAGCUAUCAAUGUCAGUGGAGGGACGUGGAGUUGAUAUAGAAGCUCAAUCUAUAGAUGUUGAUGUGAAGAGCAAGGGAGUUGAACUUGAUGGACAAGGGAGCAAGUUUAAGAUGCCAAAGUUCGGAAUCUCACUGCCAAAAGUCAAAGGUCCUGAAAUUGACUUAGGUUUGUCAGAAACAGGCUCUGCGGUUGAAUUACCAGAAGCCAAGGCAGAGGUCCAACUACCUGAUUUUGAAGUCAAAGAUAUUUCAGGAGAUGCCACAGUACUGGAAGUAGCAGCUCCAGAUGUUGAUGUGAAAGUUAACAAAAGGAAGUUUUCCUUCCCUAAAUUUGGAUUUUCAAAGCCAGACAUUAAAGGCCCUGAAGUUGAUGUCACUCUUCCAGAGGUGGACAUUUCUCUACCAGAGGUUAAGAUGGAAGUCACAGAGCCAGAACUCAAAAUUAAAGCACCAGAAGGUGAAAUUGAAGUGAAAAGUUCCCCAACAAAAUUCAAACUACCAACAAUGAAGCUCCCUAAAUUUGGUCUUGAAUCUCCACAUGUCACUGUGGCAGUACCUGAUGUAAAGAAGGAAGUAGAAAUUGGUGUGGUUGACGUUCCAGAAGCAAAGCUAUCAAUGUCAGUGGAGGGACGUGGAGUUGAUAUAGAAGCUCCAUCUUUAGAUGUUGAUGUGAAGAGCAAGGGAGUUGAACUUGAUGGACAAGGGAGCAAGUUUAAGAUGCCAAAGUUUGGAAUCUCACUGCCAAAAGUCAAAGGUCCUGAAAUUGACGUAAAUCUGUCAAAAACAGGCUCUGCAGUUGAUUUACCAGAAGCCAAGGCAGAGGUCCAACUACCUGAUUUUGAAGUCAAAGAUAUUUCAGGAGAUGCCACAGUACCGGAAGUAGCAGCUCCAGACGUUGAUGUGAAAGUUAACAGAAGGAAGUUUUCAUUCCCUAAAUUUGGAUUUUCAAAGCCAGACAUUAAAGGCCCUGAAGUUGAUGUCAGUCUUCCAGAGGUAGACAUUUCUCUACCAGAGGUAAAGAUGGAAGCCAAAGAGCCAGAACCCAAAAUUAAAGCACCAGAAGGUGAAAUUGAAGUGAUAAGUUCCCCAACAAAAUUCAAACUACCAACAAUGAAGCUCCCUAAAUUUGGUCUGGAAUCUCCACAUGUUACUGUGGCAGUACCUGAUGUAAAGAAGGAAGUAGAAAUUGGUGUGGUUGACGUUCCAGAAGCAAAGCUAUCAAUGUCAGUGAAGGGACCUGGAGUUGAUAUAGAAGCUCCAUCUAUAGAUGUUGAUGUGAAGAGCAAGGGAGUUGAACUUGAUGGACAAGGGAGCAAGUUUAAGAUGCCAAAGUUUGGAAUCUCACUGCCAAAAGUCAAAGGUCCUGAAAUUGACUUAGGUUUGUCAAAAACAGGCUCUGCAGUUGAUUUACCAGAAGCCAAGGCAGAGGUCCAACUACCUGAUUUUAAAGUCAAAGAUAUUUCAGGAGAUGCCGCAGUACCAGAAGUAGCAGCUCCAGACGUUGAUGUGAAAGUUAACAGAAGGAAGUUUUCAUUCCCUAAAUUUGGAUUUUCAAAGCCAGACAUUAAAGGCCCUGAAGUUGAUGUCACUCUUCCAGAGGUGGACAUUUCUCUACCAGAGGUUAAGAUGGAAGUCACAGAGCCAGAACUCAAAAUUAAAGCACCAGAAGGUGAAAUUGAAGUGACAAGUUCCCCAACAAAAUUCAAACUACCAACAAUGAAGCUCCCUAAAUUUGGUCUUGAAUCUCCACAUGUCACUGUGGCAGUACCUGAUGUAAAGAAGGAAGUAGAAAUUGACGUUGUUGACGUUCCAGAAGCCAAGCUAUCAAUGUCAGUGAAGGGACCUGGAGUUGAUAUAGAAGCUCCAUCUAUAGAUGUUGAUGUGAAGAGCAAGGGAGUUGAACUUGAUGGACAAGGGAGCAAGUUUAAAAUGCCAAAGUUCGGAAUCUCACUGCCAAAAGUCAAAGGUCCUGAAAUUGACUUAGGUUUGUCAGAAACAGGCUCUGCGGUUGAAUUACCAGAAGCCAAGGCAGAGGUCCAACUACCUGAUUUUGAAGUCAAAGAUAUUUCAGGAGAUGCCACAGUACUGGAAGUAUCAGCUACAGAUGUUGAUGUGAAAGUUAACAGAAGGAAGUUUUCCUUCCCUAAAUUUGGAUUUUCAAAGCCAGACAUUAAAGGCCCUGAAGUUGAUGUCACUCUUCCAGAGGUGGACAUUUCUCUACCAGAGGUUAAGAUGGAAGUCACAGAGCCAGAACUCAAAAUUAAAGCACCAGAAGGUGAAAUUGAAGUGAAAAGUUCCCCAACAAAAUUUAAACUACCAACAAUGAAGCUCCCUAAAUUUGGUCUUGAAUCUCCACAUGUCACUGUGGCAGUACCUGAUGUAAAGAAGGAAGUAGAAAUUGGUGUGGUUGACGUUCCAGAAGCAAAGCUAUCAAUGUCAGUGGAGGGACGUGGAGUUGAUAUAGAAGCUCCAUCUAUAGAUGUGAAGAGCAAGGAAGUUGAACUUGAUGGACAAGGGAGCAAGUUUAAGAUGCCAAAGUUUGGAAUCUCACUGCCAAAAGUCAAAGGUCCUGAAAUUGACGUAAAUCUGUCAAAAACAGGCUCUUCAGUUGAAUUACCAGAAGCCAAGGCAGAGGUCCAACUACCUGAUUUUGAAGUCAAAGAUAUUUCAGGAGAUGCCACAGUACCGGAAGUAGCAGCUCCAGACGUUGAUGUGAAAGUUAACAGAAGGAAGUUUUCAUUCCCUAAAUUUGGAUUUUCAAAGCCAGACAUUAAAGGCCCUGAAGUUGAUGUCAGUCUUCCAGAGGUAGACAUUUCUCUACCAGAGGUAAAGAUGGAAGCCAAAGAGCCAGAACCCAAAAUUAAAGCACCAGAAGGUGAAAUUGAAGUGAUAAGUUCCCCAACAAAAUUCAAACUACCAACAAUGAAGCUCCCUAAAUUUGGUCUGGAAUCUCCACAUGUCACUAUGGAAGUACCCGAUGUAAAGAAGGAAGUAGAAAUUGGUGUGGUUGACGUUCCAGAAGCAAAGCUAUUAAUGUCAGUGGAGGGACGUGGAGUUGAUAUAGAAACUCCAUCUAUAGAUGUGAAGAGCAAGGGAGUUGAACUUGAUGGACAAGGGAGCAAGUUUAAGAUGCCAAAGUUCGGAAUCUCACUGCCAAAAGUCAAAGGUCCUGAAAUUGACGUAAAUCUGUCAAAAACAGGCAUUGAUGUUGAAUUACCAGAAGCCAAGGCAGAGGUCCAACUACCUGAUUUUAAAGUCAAAGAUAUUUCAGGAGAUGCCACAGUACUGGAAGUAGCAGCUCCAGACGUUGAUGUGAAAGUUAAUAGAAGGAUGUUUUCAUUCCCUAAGUUUGGAUUUUCAAAGCCAGACAUUAAAGGCCCUAAAGUUGAUGUCACUCUUCCAGAGGUGGACAUUUCUCUACCAGAGGUUAAGAUGGAAGUCACAGAGCCAGAACUCAAAAUUAAAGCACCAGAAGGUGAAAUUGAAGUGACAAGUUCCCCAACAAAAUUCAAACUACCAACAAUGAAGCUCCCUAAAUUUGGUCUGGAAUCUCCACAUGUCACUGUGGAAGUACCCGAUGUAAAGAAGGAAGUAGAAAUUGACGUUGUUGACGUUCCAGAAGCCAAGCUAUCAAUGUCAGUGAAGGGACCUGGAGUUGAUAUAGAAGCUCAAUCUAUAGAUGUUGAUGUGAAGAGCAAGGGAGUUGAACUUGAUGGACAAGGGAGCAAGUUUAAGAUGCCAAAGUUCGGAAUCUCACUGCCAAAAGUCAAAGGUCCUGAAAUUGACUUAGGUUUGUCAGAAACAGGCUCUGCGGUUGAAUUACCAGAAGCCAAGGCAGAGGUCCAACUACCUGAUUUUGAAGUCAAAGAUAUUUCAGGAGAUGCCACAGUACUGGAAGUAGCAGCUCCAGAUGUUGAUGUGAAAGUUAACAAAAGGAAGUUUUCCUUCCCUAAAUUUGGAUUUUCAAAGCCAGACAUUAAAGGCCCUGAAGUUGAUGUCACUCUUCCAGAGGUGGACAUUUCUCUACCAGAGGUUAAGAUGGAAGUCACAGAGCCAGAACUCAAAAUUAAAGCACCAGAAGGUGAAAUUGAAGUGAAAAGUUCCCCAACAAAAUUCAAACUACCAACAAUGAAGCUCCCUAAAUUUGGUCUUGAAUCUCCACAUGUCACUGUGGCAGUACCUGAUGUAAAGAAGGAAGUAGAAAUUGGUGUGGUUGACGUUCCAGAAGCAAAGCUAUCAAUGUCAGUGGAGGGACGUGGAGUUGAUAUAGAAGCUCCAUCUAUAGAUGUGAAGAGCAAGGGAGUUGAACUUGAUGGACAAGGGAGCAAGUUUAAGAUGCCAAAGUUUGGAAUCUCACUGCCAAAAGUCAAAGGUCCUGAAAUUGACGUAAAUCUGUCAAAAACAGGCUCUGCAGUUGAUUUACCAGAAGCCAAGGCAGAGGUCCAACUACCUGAUUUUGAAGUCAAAGAAAUUUCAGGAGAUGCAGCAGUACCGGUAGUAGUAGCUCCAGAUAUUGAUGUGAAAGUUAAUAGAAGGAUGUUUUCAUUCCCUAAGUUUGGAUUUUCAAAGCCAGACAUUAAAGCACCUGAAGUGGAUGUCAGUCUUCCAGAAGUGGACGUUUCUCUAACAGAGGCUAAGAUGGAAGCCACAGAACCAGUUCUCAAAGUUAAAGCACCAGAAAGUGAAGCUGAAGUCAAAGGUUCUCCAACAAAAUUCAAACUACCAACAAUGAAGCUCCCUAAAUUUGGGCUUCAGUCUCCACAUGUCACUGUGGAAGUACCUGAUGUAAAGAAGGAAGUAGAAAUCGGUGUGGUUGAUGUUCCAGAAGCCAAGCUAUCAAUGUCAGUGGAGGGACCUGGAGUGGAUAUAGAAGCUCCAUCUAUAGAUGUUGAUGUGAAGAGCAAAAAGUUUGGAAUCUCCCUGCCGAAAGUAAAAGGUCCUGAGAUUGAUGUAACUGUCUCAAAAACAAACAUUGAUGUGACAUUACCAGAAGCCAAAGCAGAGGUCCAACUACCUGAUGUUGAAGUCAAAGAUCCUUUUGGAGGUGUUGCAGUACCAGAUGUAGCAGCUCAAGAUGUUAAUGUUAUCAAGCGUAGGAUUUCAUUCCCUAAAUUUGGAUUUUCAAAACCAGACGUCAAACAGACUGAAGUUCUUGUCAGUCUUCCAGAAAGUAACAUAUCCAUGGCAGAACAAAUGGUGGACAUCAAAGAACCAGAGGGGGAAGGUAAAGGGCAAGAGAGUCACCCUGAAGUGAAAGAUGUCGGCUCCCCUACAAGGUUCAAGAUGCCAACUAUUAAAUUCACUAAAUUUGGUUCAAAUGUCUCAAAUGUCACUGCAGAAACACACAAUUUGGAGACAGAUAUGAAAGCAGAGAGUCCGCAGAGUAACAGGGAUCUCCCUGAGCAGGAGGCACAGACAGAUGAGAGGAUGAAGACAGAAGCUAUGCAGGAGACUGACAGUCAUGCCUCUCCAAGCAAGUUUAAACUCCCAGCCUUCAAUAUGCAAUGGUUCAGUGUUUCUAAAUCCAAACCCGAAGACAGCCAUGCAGACAGUGGUGACUCGGAAAAGAAAACUAAAAAUCAAGAAACUGAAAAAGGAGAGAAAAAAUCCCCUUCGUUAACUAUGUCAUCCUUCGGAGACAUACUGAAGGCCAUUGAUGUUGAAUUUGACGUUCCUACUAUAGAGGAAGUGGAGGAAAAGCUGACACCUUCCAUGGAAGGAUCACCUGUCAGAAGUAAAACCACACCAAAUGCUGGCCCAACACCUGAGAAAAGUGCUUGGUUUAAAUUCCCAAACUUUGGACGGCUUUCUCCUUCAGAAUCCCCUAAAGUCCUAGAAAAAGAGUCCAAGGACCAUAUGAACAUUGCUGCUGGUGACUCUGUGGAAGAUGACGUCAGCUUAACCCUCUCCCUGAGGUCAUCAGAUGCCUUCGCUGAUAUCAGCUCGACAGUAACAAGUGAACAAGUAGCCAUAUCCUCUGCUUCUCCAACCAAGGUAAUGGUUAAGUACACUGACCCUAAUGCCACUGUGAGAGAGACGAUGGGCGACGUCAUCACUUCCACUGCAAGGACCGAACUGAUCUCACUUGAACCACACUUGCCAGAGAAAAUCACCAUUCCAACGUUGUCUAGCACAUCAUCUUCCUCCGUAGACACACUUAAACUUGAGAGUGGUGAGAUACAUGUAAUCACGUCAAACACACAAGCCACACCGGAGGCAAAGCAGGUCACAGUGUUCACUGAUGUCCAGAUGCGCUCAGCUACCAAAGAUGCUUCCGGUCUGUGGAGUGGUGAGAGCUCAGCUGUUCAGAGGCAUGUUGUGAGGGAGGCGUCAGGACAUGGCAUAGAAACGGUCGUACUAACUGAAAGAGUCACACAUGUAGGAGUCCAUCCUGGUGAGGCUAUAUCAGAUGAAACAGCCUCCUCCAUCAGACGGUUAAAGGACACUGUGCACUCGGAGAAAAUGAAGUUCUUUGAUGGAACUGAAAAAUAAUACGUUGUGAUGUUUAUCAAAGACAAUAAUACAGACAGUAAUUGUAUUCUAAAGUAUGACUGAGUUUUAGCAUAAGCAAUCCUAUUUUAGUAUGCUUAUAGUGCACACUUGCUGUAACCAAUGUCAAAUGUAAACUAAAAUAUAAACUUCAUAAAACUGUUAACAAUGUCUCGUUUAGUCAUGUGAUUAUGCAUAUGUAGACCAUGUUCCAGUGUGUAAUCUGAGAUAAUUUGAUUAAUCCACUGUUGUGAGCCUGAAGCACAAUCUAUAAUUUCCCUUUGUUUUGCUGCCAAACAUCAAGUUAUUAUGGUUUAUCAGUUUCACAUAAUGAAUGAUAAUCUUUUACCUUCAUUUCACUGUUGUUGAAUAUAGAAUGCACCAAAUGUUAACAUAGCGCUCAUGAAUUGAAAUGUUUACAUUAUAUUUAUGCUAUUAUCAUCUUACAUAAUCACACUUACAAAAUACAAUUGGAUAUUCAAAUAUAUUUCUUAAAUAAAAUUCCAAUUUAUGCAGGGAAUUAUAGCCAGAGAUUAAAUGGAAGAAGAAGAAACAAAUCGAGUUUGUUGUAUUUACUUUUAAACAAUAUUUGUUAUUUUUCAAUUUGCCACCAAAAUUAUAACACACAUUCUGUAUUCUGCAAUUUGUAUUGUUCACUGUAUAAAGUAAAAAAAACAACAACGCUAUUGUAAAUAUUUGUUGACUUUAUUAUUUCUUAUGGAGUGUGACUUUGAUUGUAUCUCAGGAUUGUAUUCAGUACCUGAUUUAGUCAAUGUACUUAAUAUACAUAAUAAAUUAUAUGAAAUAUUUGUUGUCUUCGUGAAUAUAAAGUAAAUCAUAUUUCACUAAUGAAAAUAGGACUAGGCUGAUAUUGUUUCAUAUAUAAAUAAAGAUAUAUAGUAUGUGUAUACAUUAAAUACUACAAAAAUGCAAUAUUUGU